UGAGGGUUCAGAGAUGGGCAGUGAGAAGGAGCAGAGUCCAGAACCACACCUGCCUGAGGAAGGGGAAGCGGGUAAGCCUUGGAGAGUGGAUGGCUCAGAGGGUUCUCACAUCCCAUCUGGGGAAAAGGAUCAUGGGCAGGAGAACCCACUGAUGAGGCCAUGGCAGAAAACCAUUGCCCCAGCUGAAGGACCAGAGAAUCCUAUUGCUCCUCCAAAGCCUGAAGCAGAGGAGAAGCCCUUUAUAUGUGUUCAGUGUGGCAAAACCUUCACCAAUACCUCUAACCUGAGAACACACCUACGGAUCCACACUGGUAAGAAGCCUUACAAGUGUUCCGAAUGUGGUGAGAGCUUUUCCCGAAGCUCCAACCGCAUCUGGCAUGAACGGAUCCACCUGGAAGAGAAGCACUACAAAUGUCCCAAGUGUCAGGAGUGCUUUCGGCGGCGCUCAGACCUCACCACGCACCAGCAAGAUCACCUGGGCAAGCGGCCGUACCGCUGCGAUAUCUGUGGUAAGAGCUUCAGCCAGAGUGCCACACUGGCUGGGCAUUAUCGGACCCACCUGGAGCCAGCGCCCUACAUCUGCUGUGAGUGUGGGAAGAGCUUCAGCAACAGCUCCAGCUUUGGAGUGCACCACCGCACCCACACUGGUGAGAGGCCAUAUGAAUGUGCUGAAUGCGGGCGGACCUUCAGUGAUAUCUCCAACUUUGGAGCACACCAGAGGACCCACAGAGGGGAGAAGCCCUACCGGUGCACUCUUUGUGGGAAGCAUUUCUCCUGGAGCUGGAAUCUUAUUCGUCAUCAGAAAACACACUUGGGUGAGCAGAAUGGGAAAGAUUCCAGCUGAAGGGAAGCCGCAGUUAAGAGUGGGAAGAGAGAGUGAGAGACCCAUUCUAGUGGAGGAAGAAGACCUUUAGGAUCUGCUGCUGCCACCUUGAUUUCAAGUGCU